CUUUCCCGCUCGACACACUUGGAAACGGGAUCUCGUAGCCGGGACACGUAGUCCGACAUACACACACAUACGCGCGCGUUGCGUAAAAUUUAGAUCUGUGGAUAAAACCGAUACGCUUCACGCGUGUGUGUAUGUGUCCGCGCGAUUCGCUGAAAAUAAAUGCGAAAGCAUCAAGUCGGGAUCGGAGUGGUACUUUCCCGGUCUACGACGACCGGUUCGCACCACUCGACUGAGCAUGGCCGAAUCCGAGGCCGAGCGAGACUUGAAGCCUGAGACAGUUCCAGCCGUGUCGCAUUCGUCCGUCGACCGUUUCUUCUCGCGGGAAACUUUUCGAAGGAUCGUUCCCACACGGUGCAAAAUAUGGAGCACGACAAAACGGACGAAGUGGUGCCGGACAGAGUGGCUCAGACUUUCGCUGGUCAGAAGAUAAUGUUGACCGGCGGCACGGGAUUUUUAGGAAAAGUAUUAAUCGAAAAGUUUCUGCGAUGUUUGCCCGACAUAUCGCACAUUUACAUGCUCAUCAGAUCGAAGAAGGGCAAGGACUGCAAGCACCGUUUGGACGAGAUGUUCAAUUCUCCGCUUUUCGACAAAGUCAAAGCGCAAAGGGGACUGCCGGAGCUCGAGAAAGUGGUAACGGCCGUUAAUGGGGAUGUAUCAUUGCCAGGACUUGGCUUAUCCCCGGAGGAUAGGAAGAUGCUCAUCGAGAACGUUAAUAUCGUGUUUCACGCAGCGGCUACCGUCAGAUUCGAUGAACUGUUGAAGAAAGCGGUACUGUUAAAUACACGUGGUACGAAGCAGAUGAUAGAGUUAGCCAAAGAAAUGAAACAUCUAGUCGUGUUCGUUCACAUCAGUACGGCCUAUUGUCAUCUCGAAGAAAAAAUCCUGCGCGAGAGAACAUAUCCUCCGCCCGCGGAUCCUCAUCAAGUGAUCAAGUGCGUCGAAUGGAUGGAUGAUGACGUAGUCGAGGCAAUGACGGACAAGAUUCUGGGCAAGCUACCUAAUACAUACGCUUUCACGAAGGCUUUAUCGGAAAGUAUUGUCGAAGAAUCUAUGCCACAUAUCCCAUCAAUAAUCCUGAGACCAAGCGUAAUUAUUCCUAUCUGGAAGGAACCGCUUCCCGGUUGGACGGACAACAUCAAUGGGCCUACCGGCCUUUUAAUUGGUGCCGGAAAAGGAGUAAUUAGAACAAUGUACUGUAAUGAAAAUGGUUACGCCGAUUAUUUGCCCGUCGAUAUCGCCGUCAAUGGUAUUCUCCUUGCCACAUGGAAUUUUAUUCAUUUCAAAGAUCAUGAAAAACGUGUUUACAAUAUGACGAGUAGUAGCGAGUUCAAGGUGUCCUGGGCAGAAAUAAUAGACCGCGGCCGAAAAAUAACGCAACGAAUACCUCUGAACGGAGUGGUAUGGUAUCCAGGCGGUAGUUUGAAGAAGUCACGACUUAUGCAUAAUAUUUGUAUAUUGCUCUUUCACAUGAUCCCGGCUUACAUUAUCGAUGCGUUGCUUUUCCUGGCGGGAUAUAAACCGAUCAUGUGCCGUGUACAUCGUCGUAUAAACAAAGGAUUCGAAGUUUUCGAGUAUUAUGCCAAUAAUCAAUGGGAUUUUGAGAAUACGUAUAUUGACGAUAUAAGAGCAAAGCUCAACAGCACGGAAUAUAAAAACUAUCAAGUGCACGGCAAAGACCUAGAUAUAGACGCGUACUUCGAGGAUUGCAUUCGAGCUGCCAGAAUUUACAUCCUGAAUGAACUUCCAGAAACAUUGCCAGCCGCACGUCGGCAUUUGAGAGUUAUGUACUGGGUGGACGUGUUCACCAAAAUAUUAUUUUUCCUGCUUAUUAUAUACAUGUUAGCAUCUUGGAGUGAAAGUUUUAGAACAUUACUUAUAAGCAGUCUGACAUACGUUACGAAAGCAUUAUCAAAUGUUUUGUAAUUUAGUCAAAUUAGGAUUGUUUUCACAUAAACUUAAGCUUAUAUAAAUCGAUCCAGUUAUCGAUUGUCACUUAAUCUCAAGGACACAUGGGGAAUCAAAUAUGUAAUGGUACCUCUAGUGCAUACGCUGCGUGCACCACAUACGGGUAAAAAAACAAACCAUAAAUAAAAACAUUAUUUACACA